AUGUCGCGUCGCGCUUCCUCCGCCUCCCACCAUGCUCAGGGCGCCGACCUCUACGCCACCCUCUCCGAGACCCGCGCGCCGCCCCCGACCGGCGAAUAUGCCUCGCAGCGUCAAUCCUGGGCUGCCGAGAAGCCCGUCGAGGCUCCCCCAGAGGCUCCCGCCGAACCGAUCCCGGAAGGGCCGCCCGCCCUCGAGCCUGUCUCCCACGCCGUCACCCAAUUCUAUACCCUCUCCUACCUGGUCUUCUUCGCCAUCUUCGGCACACUGGCCCGUCUCGGCGUCCAGGCCCUCACCUUCUACCCCGGCGCCCCCGUCGUGACGGGCGUCCUCUGGGCCAAUGUCAGCGGCUCGCUGGUCAUGGGUUUCCUCCUCGAGGACAAGAACCUCUUCCGCGAAGAAUGGGGACUGCCCAGCGGCCCCAACGGCACCAACACCCCCGAGGAGGCCCAGGAGCGAGCCAAACAGCACAAGACCGUCAAGAAGACCAUCCCGCUGUACAUCGGACUCACCACCGGCUUCUGCGGCUGCUUCACCUCCUUCUCCUCCUUCAUCCGCGACAUCUUCCUCGCCCUGACCAACGACCUCUCCAACCCGUCCACCAGCGUCAUCGCCUCCCGCAACGGCGGCUACAGCUUCAUGGCCCUCCUGGCCGUGAUCCUCACCACCGUCGCCCUCAGCCUGAGCGCUCUGAUCUUCGGCGCCCAUCUCGCCCUCGCCCUCGACCCCAUCACCCCCACCUUCCCCUUCCGCUUCACCCGCCGCUACCUGGACCCCCUCUUCGCCGUCCUCGGAUGGGGCUGCUGGCUCGGCGCAGUCUUCCUGGCCAUCUGGCCACCCGACCGCCACGACCACGCGAAAGAAGUCUGGCGCGGCCGCGCCGUCUUCGCCAUCGUCUUCGCCCCCCUCGGCUGUUUCCUCCGCUUCUACCUCUCCAUGCUGCUGAACGCCCGCCUCCCCAAGUUCCCACUGGGCACCUUCGUGGUCAACAUGCUCGGGACCAUCAUCCUAGCCAUGUGCUACGAUCUGCAGCACGUCGCCGGCAUCGGAACCGCCCUUGUCGCAGCCACCGCGUCCUCAUCGAUCCUGACGAGCUGCCAGGUCCUGCAGGGCGUGCAGGACGGAUUCUGUGGCUCUGCGACCACGAUCAGCACCUGGGUCGCGGAGUUGGAUGGCCUGAGUCGGAGGAGAUACGCCUAUUUCUAUGGUAUCACCAGUAUUGCCGUGGCUCUGGGAUUUUUUGUCAUUAUUGCGGGCUCCUUGGGCUGGACAAAGGGCUUCGUCGACCCUGUCUGCUCGUGAGUGUGACUGUUGAACUGAAAUGACUGGAUGACGAUGCCCUUUGGGGUGACUGGACUAUAUCUAUAUCGAUAUCGAUACCUAUACCUAUACCUAUAAUACUUAUACCUGCAUACUAUCUAUCUAUCUAGAACGA